GGCCUUAAACACAAACUGUAUCUACUUUGCAACUAUGAUAUAUCCUUGUGUGCUUUCCGCAAUAAUGGCCGAAAAACCGCAGGCCACCACUGAAAAUCCAGCCCAGCAAGCGCUAGAGAAGCUAUCGAAACAGCUGUCGUGUUCGGUGUGUCUGGAGGAGUACCGCAGACCCAGAGUACUGCCCUGUCUCCACGUCUUCUGCGAGGCCUGUCUGGAGAAACUGGUGGGGACACAGAGAGACAAAUUGAGCGCCCCUGUGCCCCAACUGCCGCAAGCCCUGCCACUCUCCCUCAAGGGGGCGUGUCCAGCCUGCCCUCUGCCUUCUACAUCCAGCACCUUUUCGAGGUGAGGGAGGUCUUGGAGAAGGUGUGUGACCCGGAGAAGGCGCAGUGCGACAAGUGUGGGGAGGGAGAGGUGCAGGGUUUCUGUCGAGACUGCGGCCAGUUCAUUUGCCAGCACUGCCUCAUUACGCAUCGUAAAUGGAAGGAAUUGCAGGGGCACGAAAUAUCCACCCUCGACCAAGUUCAAGAAACAGCCUCGAAAAUGGUGACACCCAAAAAGGUGAGCUCCAUGUGUUCCAAGCAUGCAACAGAGCCCAUCAAGAUCUACUGCGAGACGUGCGAUGAGCUGAUAUGUCGCGACUGCACCGUCAAGACCCAUCGCGACCACAACUACGACCUCGUCCUGGACACCUUCCCCAAAGCAC